ACUAUCAAGUAUAUACAUAUCGGAAUGAGCUAUUCCGUUCUGUAAUUUUCAGAUUCCACGCUUACCGACUGGAAUUGCGUACUUUGUACGAAUAAAAGUGCUGGGCAAAAAUGGCAAAAUUCUGGUGGAGACGCCAGAAAUACGAGCACGUAACGAAAUGGUUAGCAUCAAAUGCGAAUCUGAUGAAUUAACAGCACCACGAAAUCUGGAAGUAACUCAAACAGGCCAAUACAGUAUCGCAAUAUCGUGGGAACCACCGGAGUGUGGCUCAGUGGGCGAAUAUCACAUCGAGGUUCCAAUAUCCGCUUGUGCAAUAACAAAUUUGAUUAUGCUAGCUUAUUUGAUUGUGCUAGAUUAUUCUAGCUAUUAG